AUGGUGGCCAGUGCUGGUCUAUUUGCACCAACCAUACGCCAUCACCAGGGAACAUUCUACAUCGUUUGUACCAACUGCUUCCACCAUAAAGAUGCAUGGCGGUACGAGAACUUCCUAAUCAGCUGCAAGGACAUCGCCUCAGGCACCUGGUCCGAUCCCUUGUUCUUCCCGUUCCAAGGCAUCGACCCGGAUCUGUUCUUCGACGACGACGGACGCGCGUGCGUGCAGGGCUCCUGGCAGAUGGACCGUCUGACCCAGCCGAGCUGUACCAUCAAGCAGUUCGAAAUCGACGUGGCAUCGGGAAAGCCUCUGAGCGAGCCCCGUGAGAUCUGGGGCGGGUUUGCGCGUUAUGACACCGAAGGACCUCAUAUCUACAAGAGGGGAGCGUGGUACUAUCUCCUAGCUGCCGAGGGUGGCACAUUUGAGCACCAUCUGCUUAGCAUCGCACGGUCUCGGAACGUGGCUGGGCCGUACGGGUCGUUUUCAGGGAAUCCAAUCUUGACUGCUGACAGCAAAAACGAAUACGUACAAAAUACUGGGCACGGUGAUCUGUUCCAAGAUGAACAUGGGAGUCGGUGGGCAGCAGUACUCGGGGUGAGAAACGAGCCAGGUCAGCCUCUCGGUCGCGAGACUUUCCUGGCCGCUGUCGACUGGCCGGAGGGUGGCUGGCCGAGAAUAUCACAGCCGGCCAUGAAGUUCGAUCGACAUAUCGUUUUCGGAAGUGGAAUCAAGAAAACAACUGCCCGUGACGAACGGCAUGAGUUGUGUUAUGUGCGCAACCCCGACCUAUCGUGUUAUCAUCUGAGCGGAGGAACUGAGAACCUGAUCACCUUGCGUGCCACAUCCAACUCCCUCUCUACACCGACAGGCACAAUAAGUUUCAACGGGAAGAGGCAGAGGUCACUCAACAGCGUGACUAAAGUCGUACUGGAAGUUCCAAGUCGGAGCGAACAUUCGGAAGAUCUUGUCGCUAGAUUGGCGUUGUACAAAGACCAUCUCCGCCAUGCAUCCAUUGCGUAUAACUCAAGUACUUCACAGGUGCAGCUGCAUAUUUCCAACUCGGCAAGCGGGAUUCGACACACCAUGGCUCGAAACAUUACCUCGGGGGUGGACAGACUAGGCUUUAGUAUCGUUGACUCCCCAGGGAAGUACGAUUUCUUCUUUCGAGAGGAGUCAGCACUGGGUGGCAGCUGGGUCAAGCUGGGAAGUAUAGACCUCCACGCCCUCCACGCCAGAGAGUUUACAGGGCCCAUCGUUGGGACUUUUGCUACGGGCGAGAAGAGAGAUGUCGUUUUUCGUGACUUCGUUUCAGAAUGA